AUGAAGUCCACACUGGUCCUCAUUCUCUCGGCCCUGGCCGCCACAUCAGUGGCUCAGGAUCGGAAGGAUUACUUUCCAGAGUGCUCGAUGAAGUGCUUGGAUGAUGCAAUCAAGAAGGCUACCAACUGCUCACUGGACGAUGCGGUCUGCAUGUGCGUCCAGAAGAACUACGAGGACAUUUACAACCAAGGCGUCAACUGCGUGAUGCAGGCGUGCGGCCCCGACGACUCAAUCGGCAAGGUCCUUCCCGCAGGCGUCAAGUUUUGCUCUGCCGCAACUGCCCAGGCUAAGACGCGCACGGCAUCUCCCACGGCAUCGCAGACCGGCCCUGCCUCCGGCUCCGCCGCCGCCACCGGCAACACGUCUGCGGCAACUACUCCGGCGAGCGCGGCAACGGGCGCAGCAAGCUCCACCUCGACCGGUGGAGCAGUGGCCACGGCUGGACCUGCUCCUUUUGUCGCCCUUGUUGCAGCCGGAGUGAUGGCGGCGUUGUAA